AUGGACCAGAUACUCGCUGUCCAUUUCGCCUGGGGCUUUACACAGUCUCUCUGUGGCUGUCUGUGUGAGACCCCCAAUGGUUGUUUUGUUCCAGGUGUGAUGGCCCAGACCACUGUGCACCAGCUGGAGGGGCCGGUCACUGCCAAGGAAGGGGAUGCCUUCCAGAUCAAUUGCACAUACCAAACUGCCAACUUCUACGGCUUGGCCUGGUACCAGCAGUGGGAGGGAAAAGCCCCAGGCCUGGUCUCAUACCAGGUAGCAGCUGGUCAGGAGGAGUAUGGGCGAUUCACUGCUUUCCUCAGCACCGCUGGGAAAUACAGCCUCCUUCACCUCAAGGAGACCUGGGUCUCAGACGCUGCCUCCUACCUGUGUGCUGUGAGAGACACACUGACUCCAGGGCCCCAGCAGGGCCGGGGGGCGCCGAGCUUUCUAGGGACUGGGCAUGACGGCUCCUCCACCGCUGGAGAAUUCACCAUGGCUGUGCACAAGGCCUCCCGCUCCACCAACCUCACCCGAGAUGGAGCCAGCCUGAGCGACGCCGGCAUCUACUACUGCGCAGUUAGCCUUCUUGGCAACAAGGACACACUGUUGACCAUAUCCAGCUUCUCGUCCACUGUAACCCCUAGGUCCUUUUCUGCAGAACUGGCAGCCAUUCGCCCCCGCACGAAAGGCUGGCUCAUUCCCCUUCCAUGCUGGAGGAAGUCUCAUGUGGCUGGGGACGCUCUCCGUAUGGAGGACCGGCUUGCUAGCUGGUUUCCGUAA